AUGUCAAAUUAUCCUUCGCUAUUUCGAGUACCUUCGCCAUUCUGGGUACAAUCUAAAAACGAGGAAUUUUCGCGUCUAACAUAUACCAUGGCAUAUUAUCUUGUUCUAGGUGAAGUUCCCGCUAAAAGGAAACUUGAUUUCGUUAAGUUCGAUUUCUCAGAACGCGUUAUGAUACUCAGGAAUGCUAUCUAUGAUAAGAAGAAGAACACCUUUUCCAAUAAAAGUAUUGACGAAAACGACCUCAUAUUAUGGAAAGUUGAUAUUCCUUUCGACGGUGAAAACGAUAAACUGAAGAUGCUUGACACGUUUGAUACAAUUAACAUUGAACGAGAUCUUGAAGGAAAUGAAAUGUUACCAGAAAAGCUUCGAAAUUUAGUAAAUAGCUUACCAAAGAUCAACACACAGGAUAAAGUAUUCAAAAUUCCAAGAUUACCAGGGGAAAAUGAAGAUACGGAUAUUUAUAACCGAGAGUGUUAUAAAUAUUUAUGUAAUUUUAUACUCGAAGAUACAGAAUUCAAGCGAUACCUUAUUACUGGUAAUCCAGGUAUCGGAAAAACAUUCUUUGGAAGGUUAAUGCUAAUAGAGCUCCUUAAAAAGGAUAAUACUGUUUUGUUAGAUUGUGAAACUUUUACGAUACGGAUUAAACCAUCAGGUGAAAUAACUUAUGUAAACGGCAAAAGAACUAUUCAGACAAAUGGCGGAACAACCAAAUGUCUGGUUAAUUAUGUUGAGUUCAUCAAAAAAGCAAUAAUUGGAGAUUUUGUAAAGCAAUGGUGCAGAGAACUAUUCAUGCCAACGUGGAAUGAAUAUGAGCUUGAAGACUUUGAAAUGGAUAUUGAAAAAGCAAUAAAACAGUUAAAUCAGAAAUACUCUAUCACUAAGGCCAAAUCCUCGCAG